AUGCAAGGCACCGACCUUGCAGGAGCAAGGGAGGACCGGCUUCGGCUGCAGGGAGGGGUGGGGCCAUGCGUGGGGAGGCUGGAGGUCUUCCACGGUGAACGGUGGGGCGUGGUUUGCAACCACAAAUGGCGGAAGGCCAACGAGGAGGUGGUCUGCAGGAGUUUGGGCUGCGGCACCCCCCAGAGCUCCCACACGGACCACACCCUCCCCAACCUGCCCCAUAAUGUCUGGAUGAACGAGGUGAACUGCACCGGGUCAGAGCGCCACCUGUGGGACUGCCCUUUCCCCGGCUGGGGGGUCAACAAAUGCCCCACGUCACAUCACGUCUACGUCCAGUGCUCCGAAACGGUUUCUUUAAGUUUGACGUUUGGCUGUGCCGGUGCUGUUCAGUACACCACGUCAAAAGGGAAGAGCGCUGUGUGCCUUGCAGCCUGGGGUACAAAAGAGGCGAACGUGGUGUGCAGAGAGCUGAAGUGUGGCGAGUCUGUGGGAGAGCUACUGCCUGGGACAUACCGAGCCCUGGGGCGCCCACUCAUCAGCACCCUGAGCUGCACCGGGGACGAGAACUUUCUCUGGCAGUGUGUCACCCAGUUUGGGUCCGGACAAGAGUGCACUCACCCUGUUGGUGUAAUCUGCUCCAAUCACACCGCAGUGCGUGUCACUGGAGACUCAAACCGCUGCACUGGGAGGCUGGAGGUUGAGGUCCCCAGGGUCCUCGACCCCGGGUUCAUCGACCCCGGGUUCAUCGGCAACCGGGUCACCUGGGAACCCGUGUGCAAUACCAGCUUUAAGCUGCCUAACGCCUGGGAGCUCUGUUCACGUCUGCGAUGCGGCGACAGCGGAAGUCUGGAGCCUAGGACCUACACUGUCCAAAUCGCGCUGUUGGACAGUAAAGGGAGAGAGAGUAGCUGUUUCGGGGUGGUACAUGUUAAAAGAAACGGCACAUAUGAGCCAGUGUGCGGCGACAACUGGGAAAUACGGAAAUACAGGAAUAGGGCGGUGAUCUGCAAGGAGCUGGGCUGUGGAGAGGAUCUGGGCGUACCCAACCAAGGCAGGAGGAAAGCGGUGGAUGGACGGUUGAGUCGAGUGCAGUGCCGAGGCUCAGAGCCCAGUCUGUGGCACUGCUUGGCCGGCUAUGAUGAAAUCCACAAGUGCCAAGAGGCCUAUGUGAUGUGUACUGGCAGCAUGAAACUGCAGCUUGUCGAUGGUGUGGGAAGAUGUUCGGGCAGAGUGCAGGUUUUGUAUGAGGGUGAAGUGAAGAGUGUGAAACAGGAGGGAUGGACAACAGCAAGCUUGGACACUUUGUGUGGAGAGAUUAAAUGCGGCAAAAUUUUCAAGAAUGGUAAUGACCUCUUCAGUAAUGGGAAUGCACCGAUAUUGGACUUUUCAUGUUCAAGAACAUUCCAAUCACUUCGUGAGUGUAUUAAUCGUCAACCAUUCCAAUCUCCUGGGAGAAGACAAGAUAGUUUGAAAGUGAUCUGUACAGAGGACAAAAUGCUGUACCUACUUGGAGACUCUCCCUGUUCUGGGAUAGUAGGGAUUGAAAAUGUGGGGAAAAAUUACCGGCUGAUGGGACCGCCGGAGACCUGGAAAAACGACACUGCCACCGUGGUGUGUCGACAAACGCAAUGCGGAAGCAGCAUUCAGGCAAAACUUUUAGACCCACGGGAGCGGUGUGCUGGGAACGUGGAGCUUUUUUUGGGGCAAUGGUACCCCGUUUGCAAAGAGGCUCUGGCCGAGGACAACAUCCGCGCAGCAAUCUGGUGGGCGCGCAUGUUGCUGGGUGAUGGCAGUCCAUGUAAGGGGAGAGUCUUUGUCCUGAGUGAGGAUGGAGAUCAGUCUGCAGUGUCCAUGAAGAACUGGGGUGCCCAGGAGAGUAAGGUGCUGUGCAGGUACCUGCGGUGCGGAGACUUCGCCCACCACAUGGGGAAAAUGAGCCAGCUUCAGAACUGGUGGAGAGAGAGCUACCGCUGCCUGGUGGAGAUGAAGAUCAAUGGAAGUGGAGGAGGCGUAUGUGGACAGCACUGGGGAGAUAGAGAAUCCAGAGUCGUUUGCCAGGAUCUGCACUGCAGUCAGCCAAUCUCUCACAAGAUUGACCAGCACCCGGGGAUUCAAAGUGAAAUAAACUACGUGUCCUGCAGCGGCAAUGAGUCAAAACUCUGGCAGUGCGGGACCAAAAGUGAAGUGUGUGAUGCUGGAUUAGUCUCUGUCACUUGUGCAGAUAGUGUUCAAUUCAACCUGACCGAAACAUGUGGGGGAGAAGUACAAAUUUACUUUUGGGGUCACUGGGAGAUGCCUGAGAAUGAUUCGGACCAUGGGCCCUCCUCUUCCUCUGAAUAUGAAGACAUCGAGGCUGCCAAUGCUGCUCAACUCCUGGAGGAGGAAUUGACAACCCCCGAACUGAACAGGCUGAAUGACAUCAGUGUCGGUGGGGGACAGGUGGAGUCUGAGGAGGACUAUGAUGAUGUCAUAACUGCUCCAGAGGAGGUGGCUUUGGUCGUCGAGCCUCAGUUGCCCCAGGACUCUGAGAGGGCAGCCGAAUCGAUCCAGACUUCCUGA